AUCCCUCCCUUCCAAAGCUAGCUCUUCCGCUGAAGCGCCUUUAAAUAACGCCUGCUCUCGUCUGGUCUGGUCUGGUCUGUGGGCGACUAGCAGCUGCAGUAGUAGAUGACACAGCUUCGGCUUUGGUUUUCGCAGGGGUGAUUCAGAAUCUUGGUUCGUAGCAGAGGUUCCGAACCGAGCCAUGGCUGAUGGCAAGUGCGGCGCGGAGGAGGAGGUGGAGGUCGCCGAGCCGCUGGGGCGGUGGCCCGUGCUGUCCUACGGCGUCGGCCACAUGCUCAACGACAUCACCUCCGCCUGCUGGUUCACCUACCUCCUCCUCUUCCUCCAAGAGAUCGGCCUCGCCCCAAGGGACGCAGCGAUCGUGAUGCUCUCAGGCCAGGUCGCGGAUGGGCUGAUGACCAUCGUCGCCGGGGAGAUGAUCGACCGGUUCGGGCGCUUCAAGCUGUGGCACAUCGGGGGCUCGGUCCUCGUCGGCAUCUCCUUCUCCUCGGUCUUCGGCGGGUGCCUCCUCUGCACCAUCCUGGGCACCGACUCCUACCUCGUCAGGACCAUCGGCUACAGCUUCUUCGCCGCCGUCUUUAACAUCGGCUGGGCGGCCACGCAGGUCUCCCACAUGUCGAUGGUGAACUGCAUGACAUCCAACCCCACGAGCCGGGUGGCCAUGGCGAGCUGCAGAAACGCUUCCACCAUGGUGGCUAAUCUUGGUCUAUAUGGCAUCGCGUUGGCAGUCUUUGGAAUAGUGAAGGCAAAGACAUGUGCGGACAUUGUUGUUCAGUACAAGUGGAUCGCGUACGUGUCCAUCUUCGUGGGGUGCUGCUUCCUCGUGCUGUUCCACGCUGGAACGGAAGAGCCCACCUUGAAGUGCGAGCCUAACUGCAAGAAACGGGCUCGGAUCGCGUGGAGCUACUGGUUCAACAAGACCCUCUACUACCAAGUCGCCCUCCUCUACAUGCUUGCCAGAUUGAUCACCAACGUCUCUCAGUCGCUCAUCGCGUUCUACGUCACCAGAGAUCUGAAGAUGAACGAAUACUCCAAAGCCACCAUUCCGGCCAUCAUAUUCUGCUGCAGCUUCUUGGUCUCCGUGGUGCUCCAGGAGAUGAGGUGGAACAGCCGGCGGCUCAAGUCGCUGCUGACGAUCGGGGCGACGCUGUGGGUGAUCUCCGGCGCGGCGGUGUUCCUCCUCCCGAGCCAGAUGCACAACCUCAUGUACCCGCUGGCCGUGGUCAUCGGCGCCGCCAACGCGCUGGUCAUGGUGACCACCAUCGGGCUGGAGAGCGCGCUGGUCGGCGAGGACCUCAACGGCUGCGCCUUCGUCUACGGCUCCCUCAGCUUCCUCGACAAGAUGUCCUGCGGCCUCGCGCUCUUCGUGCUCGAGUCCUACGACGUCGCCUCCAGCUGCGGCGAGGAACGGGGGCUCAACACCGUCAGCAGGUACGGCACCGGGCUCAUCCCGGCCUGCUUCGCCAUCCUCGCCAUCCUCGUCGCCUCCACCCUCAGGCUGCAGGACGACGACGUUGCCCGCGCCGACCGGAGGGCCAGGGCUUCCGCCGCCGCCGGCGCGCUGGAAGCUCCGCUCCUCGUCUGAAUCAGUUCCCGCCCUCUGUUCGUAUGUGGGAAAGAAUUUGGGAAAUGCUGAUCCUUUUUCAAUUAGAUUUGAAAAAGGAAGGUAAGAUAAGAUGUACUAUCAUCGUCGACAUGCCGGUGGUAAUCGUGUAAUGCAGCUCUUUCCAAUUAGAUUUGGGAAGAUGCUCGUCAGUUGUUUAUCACAUACCAUCAGACAGUCCCAGCUCCAAUUUUGAGUGAA